UUAGUGCAUGGAGCCGAAUUUCGAACCAUAAGGUACUUCCACUCUUGACAAGACUCCGGUCUAGGGUUGUCCCGUAGGCCUGUAGGAGUCCUGACGCCCUGAACCGUUACUACGGCUGGGAGAACCGGGUAAAAGUUCGAGGUUGUCAGGAGGUUCCCCCAGUCAGAUACCGCGAUGGCAUCGCGACUCCGGAUAGUGAUACCACACCACUUGCAGCUCCCUCGACCACUGCGCUGCCCUCACAACAACUGGCACACAACCCGGAAUUUCACACAGUCAGCUAAGAAGUUCCAAGCUUCUCCAAGAGCCAGCAGCCCAAGGACAUCAUCAUCAUCAUCACCACCAUCAUCCUCAUCAAAAGCCGAAUCCAUAGACGUCCUCUUUCAACAACGCAAAUGGCCCCUCGUCGGCGCGGGCUGUGCAGCCCUGGUGCUAGGCCUGUACCUGUCGCUGCUGCUUUCCUCGUCGCUCAAGAGAAAGCAAUCUCCAUCCCCAUCCCCGCCCGCCUAUGACCCCAGCCUUGAUUCCCACCAUCACCACCACCAGCAGGAUCCUUACUCGAAUCACCCCAACCAAGAGCAAGAUGAACAGCAAUUACCAGUCCCCACAGGCCUCCCGGCCACGCUGGACACCAGCACUCCCGAAUCCGCCCACCUCACCGCCACCUCCUUCGACAAGGGCCUCAACCUGGAGGAAGCCUUCAUGGGCAUUUCCUCGCUGCGCAAGGAGCUGGCCAGGCGCGCGCGCGGCCAUGUACUCGAGGUGGCCGUGGGCACGGGGCGGAAUCUGCGGUACUACGGGUGGGACGACCUGGUGGCGCUUUCCAAGACUUCUUCUUCAAAAGUGGGUGCCGGUGUGGACGUUGAGGGUAAGACGUUAUGGUGGGGGUCGUUCUCAUUCUUAUGGGCAGGUGAAAAUGGCAAGGAGAAGAGGGGGAAGGCUGCCGAAGGCGGCGACGGUGCGGCAGUAGGUUCUCGCGAGGGGGAGGUGCUCAGCUUCACCGGGGUGGACGUGUCCGGGGACAUGCUUGGCGUCGCGCGGGACCGGGUGCGGGAGGCGGUUCCCGGGCUGAAGAAGCUUAUGCGGCGGAGGCGGCUGGAGCCGAUGCCCACCCUGGGCAAGGGAGGAGGGGACAAGCACGAUGAGGAGGAGGCGGUGGUGGUGGAUGCGCUGGACGGGAGGGUCAGGCUUGUGCUGCGCGACGCCCUGAAGGGAUUGCCUCAACCGCCAAUUCUACCGCCUACUACUGCUACGAAUCCGACGACGGACGCGCCGGAAAAGUACGACACCAUCGUCCAGACGUUUGGCCUGUGCAGCGUGGCCGACCCGCGCAAGUUGCUGGCCAACAUGGCGGCCAAGGUGCAGCCCGACACGGGCCGCAUCAUUUUGCUGGAGCACGGCCGCGGCUCGUACGACUUUGUCAACAAGAGACUGGACAACAACGCCAUGUGCCACUUUCAAAAGUACGGCUGUUGGUGGAACAGGGACAUUGAGCAGCUGGUGAGGGAUGCAACCCAAGAAAUUCCCGGUCUCGAGGUGGUCAACCUGGAGAGGCCGUUGCUUCUUCAAUGGGGAACGAUGCUGUUAAUUGAGCUGAGGGUGAAAAGCUAGAGAGGGCGAGGCUGAAGACGGCGUAAGCACAGCCGGCGCUAUCCACUUGUACUUCCCCAGAAGGGCGCUGUAAACUAUCUUGUGUAAUCACUGGACGAUGCAACGUGUAGGAGAUAGACUAGUCAUCGCCAGAGCUAGAAGCACCUAAUAUGUGCGGAGUGUAU